AUGUUACAAGGUCUGGUUGUUUUAGCAGCCUUGUUAUGGUUAUUUUCCAGAUUAUAUAAUUUUCUGAAAAUUCCAGUAGAAAAUAUCGUUCAAGAUUUAAAUAUUAAAACUCCACCAGCUACUAAAGUUUCAAUAGAUAAAAUAUCAACAAAUUCGAUUACAAUCCAUUGGGAGAAUGAGCCUUUACUUAACCAAGAUUUAGAUCAAGAUGUUAAAAGGGAUUUCAUUACUCAUUACAUUGUUUAUGUCAAUAGUUUACAAUUAGGUGUUUUCCCUAACCGCUCACAAUCCUUAUAUACAUGUUGUUCUUUAACAAAUUUAAAUCCAUCUACCCAAUACCAAUUGGAUUUUAUUACAGUUAAUAAUAUGGGCUUUAUAAGUAGAUUACCUUCCAUCUUUAUUAUGACUAAAUCUGAAAAAGUUUCUGAUGGUCAUAUUUCUGAUAAUAAGGAUGUUGAGAUUAUUAAAAAUAGAAAAUGGAGAAAAAAUACCGUUUCAUCAUCAACCUUCACUAAUAUUUUAGUUCCAAGGGAUAGUAAUAAUGAUGAUAAGGAUUUAGAUAAUGACACAGUAAUGAAUUCUAUGGACAGUAUGAAUCUUGUGUCUAAUAUACAGGAUGAUUUGACACCAUCAUAUGCAAAUUUAACAAGCUUAAAGGAUUUAGAAACUUAUUCGAUUGGGGAUUUAAAGAAGAUUUUAAUAUGUGCUCAAGAAGAUUUGCAUGAGGUGUUGAAUCAAAGAACUUCUUAUUUGCAAGAGUUCAAAGAAUCCAAAGAAGAAUUACUCUUAGAAUUAGAUAAUUUAAAAAGUCAUUGGUCACAUGAAUUGGAUUUUAGAAAAUCUUUGAAAUCAAAUAUUAAAUCGCUAGAAAAUAACAAACUGUUAGGUGAUAUGAAAGCUGAAAAAUUAAAUCAGAAAAUUGUUAAAUCAAGAGAAAAAUUAUCAAGAAUGAAAUCAGAUAUUGUUAAAUGGGAAGAAAUCGAGCAAAAUAAUCUUAACACUGAUAACCUUCAAAUUAAAUAUAAUAUAGUGAAUGAGAAAUUGAAUAAGGCAAUUAAAAAUUUGGAGACUAAAAUUGUAGAUAUGCAAUCUGAAGUAGAUAAGCUAGAUAAGAUGAAUAAAGAAUUGAAUAUUUUAAAAAAAUCCUCGUCCUCUACAAAUCUGUCAUCUUUAAAAAACAAUGCUUUAGUAGCUAACGAUAAUAGUAAUAACAUAGGUAAUGAUUCAUCAAAAUAUCAACCUGUGAAUAAUUCAGAUGAAACAAUUAAAAUUUUGAACAUGAUUAAAAAAAUUAACAUGUGUGUUUCAAAAGAUACAGGAAUAUUAUCACCACAAGGGGAAGAGUAUUUGUCUACACUUAAUGAAGAUAAUCAAUUAGUGAGACUGAUAAAAGAACAAUUAGAUAUUGACCUACAAAAUUAUGAAUAUUGGAUGAAAAUAAAACAAGAGUUAGUACAUAAAAUUAACUUUCUAGAAGAAAAAUAUAACGAAAUGAAUGUGCAAAAUAAACAGUUAAGGGCUAGGUUAUUGACUCAACCCUAUCAAAGUGAAUUAAGUGAUAGUCAAAAUCUUCGACAGCAAAUUAAUUUUAUGCCGCCAGAGUUAACACACUUUAAUUCUGGUCAACAACUAUCUAACACCGAUUCUAACUCUUUCAUAAAUCUAUCUACUUCAAAUUCAAACCCAGGUAAUGCAACUGCCCAGUUACAAAAUACACAAACUUCAUUACAUCAGCAAAAUGCACACCAUAUCACAUCGUCAAUAUCAAGGCAAGGGUCUUUACUUCAAAGUCAAAAUACUCCACAAAGUUUAAGAAAGGAUGAAAUUCACAAUCCUUUAUCAACUUUUCCUAUUAGCAUUCCAACAACCACUACUACUACGACUACAGCAAUGGCAAAUAUUACUGCUAGUGCUCAUAAUCAAUUAAGUCUUCAGCAAAAUUACUCAACGUGGUCAAUUCCAAAUGUAAGUUCCACUACUAGUGCUAAUACGGAUUCUUGUAAAGAAAAACUUCAUAAUCAUAUAACUCAACAUGAGGAAGAUGGUUUAGAUCAGUCUUUUGAUUAUGAUAAUGCAAAUCAUUUUAUUACUGGUUUACAAGAUAUGAUAUAUAAUGAAAAUGAUUAUCCAGACGAAGUUAGUAAUUAUUCAAAGGGUUUCACAACAGACCAAUUAGAUAAUUAUUGGACAUCUCAAAAGAAUUUAAAUAUUAAUUCAUCGGCUGCAAAUUCCAUGAAAAUUCAUACGGUAUCUGAUAAAAAACUAGAUUCACUUACAAAUCCAGAAAAUAAUAUUCAAACUCCAAUUACAUCACAUACUCGUGAAUUUGCAACCCCAUUGUCUAAAUCUCCAUUUAUGAUUGCGCCUGGACAGCCCUCACAAAGUUUAUUGGCUGGGACAUUAAAUGAACAAGUGAACAUAUCACCUUUUGCCAGUGAUUCACUUUCAUUGAGACUCUCUGAAUCUGCAGGUUUUUAUAGGCCACCUACGAGUUCUAUGGGGCCGCAGACUGCAUCUAAUAAUCUAACUUCAUUAUUCAGUAAUAAUAAUAGUAAUAAUGCAUUUUCUCAAUCUUUAACACCACGUAAUUCAAAUCUUUUGUCAUCCACACCACAAAAUAUUCAAUUCUCUAAUGAGCCAUUAUCUGUUUCCAAUGGUUAUCAUCAGAAUAUAGUCUUUGGAACACAUCCUUCACAACAAACACCCAAUACAACCGUUCACGUUAAUGAUCUGCCAGUAGCUGGGAAAACCAAUAAUUUGGAAGAAAAAUUGAAAUCCCCAUCUACAGGACUUUUCCAUUCCCCAUCAUUUAAUUUUUUGUGGCAUCACAAUUCACCAACAAAAAACGUAGAUCCUGAUGAGCCUACAGGACUUAAUAAUAAUGAGAAAGGAAUACCAGUAACUGAUGAGCAUACGUCCCCUAGACAUAAAAGGAAUAAAAGUGACAGUAGUAACAUUUCAAUAUGGACUAAUAGAUUAUCAUUAAAGAGUAAAGUUAUCAGUACAUCAUCACAAGAAAGUCCUAUAAACAAUAAAUCAGAACAUAGAGAUUCCAGUGGUAAUAAAAAUGAAGCUACUAAUCAAUCUAAUUCAUCAUCUACUGGAUCAGGACGUAAGAUGUCAAGGCUUUUAUCUAGACCUACGAUGAAUGAUAUCUUUAAGCUUCGUACUCAUGAUAAUCAUUCAUGA